GUAGCUGAGCUGCAAUCGAUGAUCAAAGAGGCGCAUCACUUCUACAGAGGUCCAAGGAUUAGCUAUCAAGGACGCAAGGCAGAGCUGAUCGCUAAGUUGCUCGCUGUUGCCAAUGCCUACGAGAGAAACAGAACGCCUGAGAAUACCAUCUUUUACAAGAAGUUUUGUGAUCUGCUCGCUUCGAAAAGGAAUCUCGUGUCGUCAGGCUAUUCCUACAACCACAGGACCUACAACGGUGCCCAAAUCCCUCAAACGCUUGGAAGCACGCCGGCUGCUAGCACUUAUGGUGCAUCAUCGACGCCGGUCGCACCGCCCUACAUUCCACCAAAACCGACCUAUCACACAUCGACCUAUGCGCAUUUUUUGCCUUCUUCAGCGGCCCUUCGGCGCUAGCGCUGAUGUCACAUAUGCAGCAACAGUACCACAAACCGGCAGCUUCGCCAUCUCUCCCUUCUACCAAUUUAAAAGUGUUGUCGGUCAAAUUGCAAAAGCUACGAGAGGCCCCUAUGAGCGGAAACGUGUCACUUUUCGUAUCACCCUUAGCACUCAACAAUUCGAGAGCCUCAAAGGACCUAACGCAACACACACAUUGCUUUUGCUCUGCUCGCCAUUUGAACAAUACAGCGUUAGCUCGGUCGCCUGCCCAGCUCCGAUAGAGUUUCCCUCACAAGCCGAAGUUCGCGUCAACGACAAAACCUUGACUCACAGUUUCAAGGGAACAAAGAAAUACCCCGGGCGCGUCGCUCCUCCCGACCUCAAGAAUAUCGGAGACACACUAGGUGAUGUGUUUUCCAUUCCAUUGAACACCAUCGAGUUCUGGUACGUCUGCGCAACAAGAGAUUACGCUUGUGCGAUUGUACAUGUCGAAAAGAUACCUGUCGAGAAGCUGGUCGCAGCAUUGCAAGAUAACAUUCUUUCCAAGGAAAGCGUCCUGGCAACGAUGAAAGCAAGAGCACAGGAUGACGACAUCGUUGCAGGAGCUGCGACUGUCAGCUUGAAGGAUCCGCUGAGUCUCAUGAAGAUGACGAAGCCCGCACGGUCAAAGAAUUGCGACCACGUUCAAUGCUUUGAUCCCAUGAUGUUUUUGCGCACGCACGAGCAGUCGCCUUCGUGGUCGUGCCCAAUUUGCUCGAACAAGAUUAGGUGGUCCGAUGUCAUUAUCGAUGAAUACAUGAGCGACAUCAUCGCCAAUGUAGGGAAGGAUGUUGAGUUGGUCAUCGUGGAGCCAGACGGAAGCUGGCACGUUCAGGGUGAAGAAUCACCCGAGGCGAAUACGCCACGCAGGAAGGAGGACAGCGGGGUCAUUAUGGAUCAGCCUACCAACGCCAACCCUUCUGCAAUCGAUCUGCGCGAUGUUGAAGACUCCCCGCCAAAUCCAGUAACGGCGCGAAUCUCACGUCUCGGAGGAGUAAGCAGGCUGAGCGGGAGUGGCGUGUCGACUCCAGGACGCUCGAGCGAUGUGAUCGACCUGACUGCCGACAGUGACGAUGAUGAGCCUGCUAUCUUGCUGCCACCAAUGACUACGAGCACCAUUGCGGGACAGAAACGCCCUGCUGAAGAGGAGCUGUUGGAUAGCAAAGGCAUGGUCGGCCGCUUUCCUGCACCGAAGCGCUCGCAUUCGUCCAUCGACCCUAACGAUCGAAUGGCGAAUGGAAGCACCCUCGACUCGAUGGGAAGCGGCAAUGGAGACGGUGCUGAUGGCCCGCAGACAGCUUCGCAGCGUUCGCGCCUCGCGGACGGAUCAGAGGUGUCGCCCGAGACGAUGGACCGCUUCUUCCGCGCGGACUCUCCUGCUGACGUCAGCGGCGAUAGAUCUGGGACUUGAUAGGUGCGGUUUCACCAGCAACACUCAUUACCGCAUCGAAAGCAGGUCAUUCAUUAUAUUCGCCAGCUAGUCAGUUAACUGACAUCGCAGCAGCAGGCAUUUCGAACUUUCGCAUUCGUUCGUCCCCCCUUAGGACGUUGGGAUCAUGGGUUAUUUCGCAU